GUAGAUACGAGCUAUUGGGUCUGUUCCUUCGCGAACAACCAGUGGGACAUCGCGGGUGAGUUGGGGGGCACCAUUAUGGAAAGCGCGUUCGCAAGAACCUUGAAGAGCCCAAUCAAAGGAGUUGCCAUGGUCUUGGAUCAUGAAGUGCAGCCGCUUACACGAGUGUGGUGCUUGUUCGAAUUUCUCCUCUCCAAGCAGCUUCAGCUGGAGCUUUUGUUCACCACAGACCUCGGAGUGGUUGGAGAUGAUGGAUGCACCUCCUUCGAUAUUGCGCUGGAACUCGGCAACAAGAUCGAAUCCCUGCAAGUCGCGAACUGCCUCGCCUCCAGUGAGCUAGAUAAGGCUCGGAUCUUUGAAUUCAUUGUAGAAUCCCUGGGAAGCUUGGAGAGCAUGGACAAUCAAAUCAGGAGUCUGAUGGGCCAGAUGCUCAAGAAGAACCUGGUAAAUGUAGGCCUUGCCACUAACAGUCUCUUGCAUAGGCUGGGCCAAAGUUGA